AUCCUUAUCAGUCACUGAGAUGGAGCGAGCAAGAAUUACAGUCAUCAUACUUGUGUGUGUUUUGUUCUGUGAACAGCAGAGAGUCUUUGGGGCAGAAGUGAACAUGAGAGUUAAAGCAGGAGACAGCAUCACUCUCUACUGUGACUGUGUCAUACCAUUAGGAUCACUCAUUGUUUGGUUGAGAAACUGCUCACAUGAGCAUCAACCAUCUCUGCUCAUAGAUUCUUCAGAAAUACUCAAGGAGAAGUUUCCAAGAUUUCAUUUUGUGCUCAACAGCUCCAGAAACUCUUAUGAUCUACAUAUUACAAACGUCAGUGUCUCUGAUGAGGGAAUGUACUACUGUGCAAAAAGAGAACGUUUAAUAAGUAAAGAUGUAAACGGCAUCAUACAUGAAAAAUCUGAGUACAAGUAUGGAAACAAGACAACUCGUCUAUCUGUCUUGGAGCCAGUGUCUCCUGGUUCUGAGCGGUUCAACACGUCCUCCACACCUCCUGUAUCAGACUGUGUGCUCUGCUGGACGCUGCUGUUCAGUGUGUGUCCAGUGUGUGUUCUCCUCUUCUCCAUCUGUGUGUACUGCUUCUGUCAGAGGAAAACUACAGGUUCUGGCACUGAAACACAGACUGAGAACAGACAUGUUGAGGGUGGUGAUGGAGUAUGUUAUGCUUCAUUGGACAUGCCUUCCAUACGGCAGAAAAAGCUGAAAAAAAAACAGCGUUCAGACUUUAGUGUUUAUUCUGAGGUCAGAACCAAAAAAAUAUGAAUUACAGUUUAAAAAAGGAAAUGUUGUUCAGUAGUAAUUUACACCAGAUGGUUUUAAGAAUAAUGAGACAAAUUAUAUCCUUUGUGGCAUUUUCUCCUAUGGCAUCCAAUUUGGUUUUAUUCACCCAAACGGGGAACCUUAUUUUUAAGAGUGUAUUGUUGUUUGUUUUGAUGUUUGAUGUAUCACAUGUUAUGUUCCAGACAAAGAACAAACUAUUUAAUGGAUUCUCAGAAUGUGUUUAUGCUUAAAUUAAAAUAAGAAGUAUUCUUACAUUUUUCUGAAUUUCUUAUUUUGUUUUCAUUCAUGUAAACAAGACACAAUCAUUAAUUUUAUAGUGUAAAUGUAUUGUGAUAUAAUGAACAGCAUUCUUUUUUUUUUUUAAACUUGAUUCGCCUCAAAAAUGGUUACUAAGCAGUAGUUAGUUUAAUAUGUCAGCAUUAGGGUAAGCAAUGUGUUUUUUUUUUCUUUGUGGUGCUGACUCAUGUUGUACUGUUUGUGAAAAUGAAGGUGAGAGUACAAACCACAAAUGUUUCCACUUGAGCAUGCAACAGUGAACAUCAUGAAAGUGUUUGUGUUUAACCUGGUGUUUGGCUGCAUGCUGGACAUGCACAUGAAUGUAAGUGUGAAAAAAGACACAAACAGAAAGAAGCAUGUUGGAAAAAGUUAACUGCAAGGUGUUAAUAAAUGUAAGUGUACUGCAUAUACUUCCUCAAUCAGGUAAUCAGGAAAUUCUUCAGAUACUAAAAAAAUUAGACACAGACCACAGAU